GAACCGCUUUGCUCUUCUCCGAAAUGAUUCAACCUAAAGCAAGCCCUUAAAAUUAUUUUGUUUGGCUAUAUAAGUUGUAAUCAUUUGUAAUAACAUCUUAAGAGAUAAAGUUAAUUUCUGAAACUUGGGUCAUCUUCAACGAUUAACUCCUCCAAAUUAAAGACAACGAAAAAAUGGAACUGGAUUCGGACAACAACUUAUUAAAGACGGGUUUGGUUAUAGUGGCGACACUUGCUAUAUCCAAACUCAUCUUCUCCUUCUUCACUUCCCAGUCCAGGAAGAAGCGUCAUCCUCCCACUCUUCAAGCUUGGCUUCCAUUGAUCGGAAGCCUUAUCCGGUUCUUGAAAGGCCCUGUCGUAAUGCUUAGAGAUGAAUACCCUAAGCUUGGAAGUGUCUUCACAGUGAAUCUUCUUCACAAAAAGAUGACUUUUCUCAUUGGUCCUGAAGUCUCCGCUCAUUUUUUCAAAGCUCAUGAUUCUGUUCUCAGCCAGCAGGAAGUUUACAAAUUCAACGUGCCUACUUUUGGCCCUGGAGUUGUUUUCGAUGUCGACUACACCGUUCGUCAGGAACAGUUUCGGUUCUUCAGCGAGGCACUCCGAGUCAACAAGCUAAAGGCUUACGUGGAUAUGAUGAUUACUGAAGCUGAAGGUUUCUUCUCCAACUGGGGAGAGAGUGGUGAAGUUGAUCUUAAGGAAGAGCUAGACAGUCUCAUCAUCUUGACUGCAAGUAGAUGUCUACUGGGUCGAGAAGUACGUGACCAGCUUUUUGAUGACGUCACUGCUUUGUUCCAUGAUCUUGACAAUGGAAUGCUUCCCAUCAGUGUUCUCUUCCCAUACCUCCCUAUUCCAGCUCACCGUCGUCGCGACCGUGCUCGUGUAAAGCUUUCUGAGAUUUUCUCAAACAUCAUGUUGUCGAGAAAACACUCUGGCAAAUCAGAGAACGACAUGUUGCAGUGUUUCAUCGAGUCAAAGUACAGAGACGGUAGACAGACAACCGAAUCCGAGGUAGCGGGUUUGCUCAUCGCUGCUCUCUUUGCAGGACAGCAGACGAGCUCUAUCACUUCCACGUGGACCGGUGCUUAUCUGAUGAAAUACAAAGAGUACUCGUCCGCUGCCUUGGAUGAGCAGAAGAAGCUGAUUGAGAAACAUGGAGACAAGAUUGAUCACGACAUCAUAUCCUCGGAGAUGAAUGUUCUCUACCGUUGCAUUAAGGAAGCGUUGAGGCUUCACCCUCCGUUGAUCAUGCUAAUGAGAGCCUCCCACAGUGAUUUCAACGUAACAACCAGGGAUGGGAAAACGUAUGACAUCCCAAAGGGUCAUAUCGUUGCAACCUCGCCUGCUUUUGCAAACCGCUUGCCGCAUGUCUUCAAGAACCCGGACAGCUACGACCCGGAUAGAUUCUCCCCGGGAAGAGAAGAGGACAAAGCCGCAGGGGCAUUUUCGUACAUUUCAUUCGGUGGAGGUAGGCACGGGUGUCUUGGAGAGCCCUUUGCUUACCUUCAAAUCAAAGCCAUAUGGAGUCAUUUGUUGAGGAACUUUGAGCUUGAGUUGGUUUCACCCUUCCCUGAGAUGGACUGGAACGCUAUGGUGGUUGGCAUUAAAGGCAAUGUGAUGGUGCGUUAUAAGCGGCGUCAACUUGUCUUAGAUUAACGUGGUUUUUGCAACCUUUGGUUUCUGUAUUUAUCUCUCUCUCUCUCUAGUUUUAGUUAUGUGGUUGAAUGUAGGGAUGUUAACUUUGGGUAAAAUAACCCAGCCCACCCCAACCCACAAAUAACCCAACCCAGUUUAUAUCCAACCCGCAAAAACCCAGAAACAUCAAUAUUGAAAUCCAAACAAAAAAAAAACCCAAUAUGGUAUAGGUUUACCCGUGGGUAUCCAAAGUAUUAUCUUAUUUACUCUGAAGAUCAUGUAAAAUAUUAAUAUCAUUAAUGUGAGCUUUAAUAUAAAAACAAGAUUUUGCAAUUUUAUAGAAAACUUGUUUUAGCGCAAAAACUCGUUUAUGAUUUUGGAGAAAAAACUCGUUUUUUCGAAAAAAAAAAUUAUUUUGCAAUUUUAACCGGAACUCAUUUUGUGGUUUAAGCAGUAAACAUCGUUUUGACAGGAAAACUCAUUUAUGGUUUUAACGAGAAAACUUGUUAAAUUGUUUUUGUGGCUUUAGCGGAAAAUUUUCUUUUUGCAGUUUUUGGUCGGAAAUUUUUUUUUUGUGGUUUUGGUUGGAAAACUAGAUUUUUGCGGUUUGCGGGAAAAAUAAUCUUUUUGGUUUUGGCGGAAAAACUCGUUUUUGCGGUUUUGGCGGAAAAACUUGUUUUUACGGUUUUGGUGGGAAAAUAGGCCUGGGUUCGCGGGUCAACCCGCCCCGCACGACCCGCCAACCCGCGGAUCGUUUCUUUUUUUUUAGUCAAAAUUUUGACCCGCUCAACCCGCAAAGAAAUAAACUAAUACCCGCACCCGCCCCACUUUAUUUUGCGGGUAACCCGCGGGACCCGCGGAUUAUAUUUUUAAUUAAAAAAAUAAUAAUUUAAUUAGUUUUUCUAUAAAAUAAUAUAUUUAUAAGUAAUUUUUUAUAUUAUUUUUAAUAAAU